CCGCCGAAAAACUAAAGAGUUCAAACUCACUUCCCUGCAAAACAAACCGUCGUCUCUAAAAACCCCUCCAAAAUCCCCAAAAAUUUUCUGCGACCAAAUAUGCUCAGAAGACGUCUCAGGCUCAGCUACUCUUCCGACGAAGAAGAACAACCACAACCACAACAACACCAGAAUGAAGAACCUCAGCAGCAAUCGUCAGCUGUCACUCACCCACCCGUUACCCUAGCCCCUCCAAACCCUUACCCCUCCGAACCGCUCCCAAUCACCGACGACGACGACGAGUUCAUCGAUGUCUCCGACAACCUCUCGUCUCCGUCACCUGAGCCGUCUCCGGAACCCGAGAGCGACAAUCGACCACAUCAUCCUCCGCCGGCUCAGGAUCCGGCACCGGAACCCAUUAACCGGCCGCCUCCACCUCCCCCUCCACCUCCAUCUCCAUCUCCACCGAGCUCCGGCGGGUGUCCGAUAAGCGAACAUCUCCAGGGGUUAGGGUUAAGGCUAAAGAGGGAGUGGCUUGAUGCUUGUGUCCAUGGACUCCAGCAAUCCGUACCGGGAUUUCAAAAUUUUGAUGUGGAGACGAAGGCGAAGCUCUGCUUCGAGCAGUUUUUGGUUUCGGAUAUGAAUCUGUCAGGCGGAGGCGUGCUUCCAGAAAAUGUGGCUUCUCUCCAUCUCGUCGAUCUUCCCGGACCUUAUGUGUUGCAGGUUGAUGAGAUUGUUAAUAUCAGCAAUCCUCUCAAGAUUAGGUAUCAGAAAGCCGCUGUUGGACUGAAGAGGUGUCUCAAGUUGUCUAUAACAGACGGUGUUCAACGCGUCUUUGCCAUGGAAUAUAGGCCUAUUCAGGCGCUUGAAGCUUUGGCUCCUGCUGGUUUGAAGGUUGCUCUGUGUAAUGUGCAUAUACGCCACGGACUUCUUAUGCUGGUCCCUGAAUCUGUUGAAGUUCUAGGAGGAUUAGUUGAGGAACUGGAUGCUGCACGUCAACGCCUUGUUGAUGAAGUAAAUAAGCCACCUAGAGGAAACAGAACCAGGAAUGGAGUGGUUCCUCCUCUAGCUACAAGGUUAACUCUUGCUGCAUGGCCUCCUAACGGUGUUCAUGAUGCUGGACACACCAAUAGUUCAACAAUGGAAGCCCCAACCCCAUUUCAGGCGUCUAACCAAGGUGCUACAUUCUCUGUAUCAGCCAGAAAUACCAGCUCCGUAUCUUCUAGAAACACCAGCCCAGUGACUGCCGAAGAAUCUACUGUUCCUCUCAGUGGAGAACACUCUGUUGUUAACCCAUCAUCUACUGAUGUAUUUGGUGUUGAAGAGAUGCCUAUGGAUACUACUCCCUAUAGCAGAAGAAAUGCUAUUCCCAACCCAUUAUCUGAUGAUUUUGGUGUUGAGAAUCUCCACAUAAAUAGUGCUGGUCAUAGCAGGGAAAGUCGAGUACCUGAAAAUGCCAUUCCUAAUCCAUCCUUUGAGGAUGCUUUGGAUGUUGAAGAUGUCGAAAUGGAUGCCAUUCAUAUUGGGGGAGAAAACCAUACCUCAGAUUCUAUUUUGAAUGAUGAAGAUAUCAAUAUGAUUAACGAGGGCGAAACUCAUGGGGGUUACCCAUCGUCUGAUACUAUUUUGAAUGAUGAGGAUAUCAAUGUGGUUAGUGAGGUCGAGCGCCAAGAAAUACUUUCUGGAGACCACGAACCACCUUUCAGUUACCUUUGUAGUUUGUCAGCCAAGUUAGCUAUGAUGAAGAACACACAUUCAAUCCAGGGGAAGGUUAAGUGUGUUUUGACUGGUGUGAAGAAAUUCCAAUACACACAUACAUAUGAGCUUCAGGCGUAUGUUGAUGACGGCACUCUCAUUAAAGAAAUUCUCGUUGAUCACAAUGUUGUACAGGAGGGGAUAGGUCAUUCUCCUGAGGAGGUCAAAGCUGCCAUUUCUUCUCCAGACAAAACAAUAGUCCGUAACAUGAAGGAGAAAAUGAAGCAGUUUCAAAAAUUCUUAACAAAUUUUGAGGGCAUAAUGCUUAUAGAGAUGAGAUUGCAUGAUCUUCCAAUUGCCCUUGAGAUGAAGCAGGGUUGUAAUCAAUCUGAUGCGUGGUUGCUUUUGAGGAGAAUAAAGGCCUCCCCUCCAGCUCGGGCAUCAGGGCAUGCCUCCUCUGCAGCUCGGACAUCACAGUAUCCUUCCUCUCCAGCUCGGACUUCACAACAUCUCUCCUCCCACCCCAUUGAUAUAUCCCCCUGAUGAUCGAGCUUAUAGCGCUGGUGUUGCUAUUGCUUAUAAUGGAAACGCAAUUGGCGUGUGGUUCCGUGGUCAAUGCUGUAUCAUGGAAAAGAUCCGGAUUUGGAUGAAGCUCUUGCUUGCAAAAAUGGCUGCUGUGGCAGCCACAGAAAGAGGUUCCGAAAACGUCUUAUGUAAAGCCGGAUUUUCUGAACGUUAUCUCAGCUAUUUCAUUGGGGAAGUGUUUACAAGGAACACGAGUGUUAAAAGAUGAGGAAGAUAAUAAGAAAUUUAUUGUAGGUAAUUCGAUAUACAUUCCUUAAGUUUUGUGCCCAAAAUACCCUUUUAUUUGGUUUUUUUGGGGGUCAAUUUUUACUUGUCUCAUAAGCUGUAUCGACACCUCACCGGGACUACGUGUUGCUUCCUUUUUCAUGCAACGCUGCUACGUUGCAAAAUUCUGUUGACCCUUCCAAGUAUAUAUAUAUAUAUAUAUAAAUUAAUCAGAACAAACAGCACUUGAAUUCCUUUGUA